UUGAUUUUUUCUUUUUUAUUACACUAUCAUUUUUUUUUCUCAAUUUCGUUCUGACUGUAUUCAUUAAUUGAGAAAAUUUCUUUCUGUCCGACUUGAAAGUAGCUGAGACGCGGAGUUCAUCAAAAAUACCUAAUACAAUAAUCAAAUCUCCUCCUCAGGUGUUGAGUGAAAAAGCUGAUUACAAAGCGUGUUUGCAAUCAUGGCAAGCUAUAACAAUCAACAAGCCCUAAAUGCAUUUAAAAAUGAUGGCUCAUUCCUAGAAGUAUAUCAACGAUUUGAACAACAACAGCAGCAGCAGAAAACCAGAACCGCAGAACUACCAAUACUUGAUGUACAAGUAUCUCAAACUGCAUAUGCUGCUGCUACUACUACUACUAUUACUACUACUACUACUACUUCGGCAGUUGCCUCAGAAAAACGAUCUGAAACUCUUAAGACGUUGCCAAUAAUUGGUAAACGUAAAAAUAAAGCGUUGAAAACGGGUGUGGUUAAAAAGGUUAAGCCAGACGAUGAAAAAAAACUAUCUAAACCUACAGAUGCUUGGUCAUUGUAUUUAGAUGAAGUUAAACGUUACCAGGAAACAGUGGGAGAACAGGAUAAUAAAACUAGACCUCUUGUAAAAUGAUUGCAAAAUCCUGAUAUAUAAAUAAUAUUUGUAAAUACAUACAAUACUUUUGCAAUAAAAUACAAACUAGUAUUGUGUCUAUGUUUAAUCAGAAAUAAUUACUUAACAUUAUUGCUUUAAUUGUUACUUUUUUAAAAAUAAG